UCGAGUCUCAGAAAAAUUCAGUCAUUUCGCAAUUUAAGAUCGAUCAUCUGUGGUUUUUUUUGCAACUAUGAAGUUGAUAUUUCUACUGAUUUGUUUCUACGUUAAUUUGUCCAUAUGCACUGGAUACAUUUCUGGGUCAGUUAAAGAAUGCCUGGACACCAAAUUUGGAAAAUAUUGUGGCGGAAGUUGUGUUGAGUACAGCGAAGAAGUUAGAUGUAGUGGAUGCGUUAUCAGUGAGCAUGGUACUUUUUGCGGAAAAAAUUGUAUUUGCUAUGCAUCGGGUUGCAAAUGUGGUGACCCAGUUGUUCCAGUACCAGUAACUGUAAUAACGCCCAGAACAAGAUCGUCAAAGGCUACUGUGACUGCUCCUGUUUUUGUGACAAUAUUUUCCAUAGUAGUUCAUUUCAAUGUAGUGUUAGUAUGAAAGGCCGUCCCCAAUUGGGAUGACCAAUUUAACACUAAGUUCCAUUUUUUGAUAUGGUAA